AUGUACAAAUUUGUGAUAAUUGCGGUUCUUUUGCAAAUAUGUUUAUCAAAAAAUAUUUUUAAUUUGAAAAGCAACAAUAAUAUUGGUACACGUAAAAAGGCUACAGGAUUUGUUUUUUCCAUGCCAAAAACGUUGGUAUCGGGGAAAAAUGAAACUGUAUGUAUUUCAUUACACGAAUUAAACUUGCCUGCAAAAGUUUUAGUGGAUUUAAAAUGGAAGGAAAAGCAUCAUACUACUCUGAAAAAUUUAGACUCGGAUUCAGGUUGUUUUGAAAUUAAAGUGCCCUUAAAACGAAUUGUGGAAGCACAAUUUGUAAGCGUCAGAGUUCAAGUACAAAUGCGCCAUCAAGAAAUAUAUUCUGCCCAUAAUUAUGAUCCCAUUUUAAUUUAUCCUAGUCUACAAAAUAAAGUUUUAAUAGAAACCGAUAGGGGCCUUUACAAACCAGGGGAUACUUUGAAAUUUAGGAUUUUGCAAUUGGAUCGCGAUUUUUUGCCAAUUUCAACCAAGAUAUCUAAUAUAUGCAUUAAAAAUCCGAUGGGAAUUACAGUAAUGGCAUGGGAAAAUAUAACUCCGGAUCGUGGAUUAGUUAGUUUUGAUUACCAAUUGGUUCCAGAGUCGAUGAUUGGUAAGUGGAAGCUCCAAGCAGAAAACCAAACAACCACCUUCGAAGUAGCAAAAUAUAACGUUCCAAGGUUCAAAAUUGACCUCAAAUACCCCAAAAGUAUUUACUACAAAACAAAAUCCAUCAAUAUUCUCGUUUGCGGCAAAUAUUCUAAUAAUAAACCGGUUGCAGGAAUAGCUUUUAUUAAAAUUUCCCAUUCUUUUAGUAAUAUGAAAUCUAUUAAUGAACUGAAAGAGAUGGUAAAUGGUUGCGCCGAAUUUCAAAUUGACAAAGCCACUUUUGGUGUGGAAAGCUUGAAUGAAAAAAUGUUCGAUUCUAAAAAAUAUUUGCAAAUUACUGCAACUAUUACAGAACACGGUACAAAUAAAAUGGAUGUAGCUUCAGGAAAAAGCAAGAUUUUAUUGAAAGGUUAUAAUCUCAAAUUCAAUAGCAAUCCGAUGUUCAUUCCAGGAAUGCCUUAUGAGGGACAAUUGAAAUUAACAAAUAUUAUUACAAGUAUUGAAGAUGAGGUUGUAGAAAUAUGCUAUAACUUAGCAAUAAAAAAAAGCUGGAAUUAUUUGAACAAGGAACAGUGUCGGAAUUAUAGUAUACCAAAAACUGGCAUUGUAGCUUUUAAAUUGUGGCCUGUAAAAACUAAUGUUCUUCAUGUUUCAUUACAUGCGAAAUCCUUAAAUAAUUCACUAAUAACUGACGAUUUCUUGAUUGUGAGACUGUUUUCUCCUAGCUCCAGUUAUAUAAAAAUGGAGAAGAUACCUUCAGAAAAAAAUGCUUGUUAUAUACAUUAUCAAUAUAAAGUAGCAUAUUCAACUGAUCAUUUUAAUAAUGGGGAUAAUAUAACGUUCUAUUAUACGAUAAAAUCUUCCUUGGAAAUACUUGAAAUGGGGAAACAUAACCAAACAGUUCAAAAAACUGAUACAAAUUCUAAUAAUGAAGAUACAAGCGAGUAUCUCGGAGAAGUUCAUAAGUACGUUAAACUUGGAGCAAAUAUUGAACAUUUUACUUUAAAUUUCCAAAUCAAGAAGAAAUUUUUAACUGGAUAUCAACUGCUUAUCUAUUAUGUUACUAAAGAUGGCGAAACUGUUGCUGCUACAAAAACUGACGAAAUAGAACCAUGUUCGUUGCAGAUAAGUUCUAAUUGGUCACAAACUCAACUUCUUCCCGGUACAAUGGCAACACUCAACAUAAAAUCAGCCAGUCCUGCCUUAUGCGCAAUAUCGGUCACCGAUAAAGCUAGUAAAUUUAUAUCGGCCAAUCAUCAAAAUGUAAGUUUAGACAGGAUUUUGAAAGUGUUUUCGCCGGAGAGAGAAAGUGCAAAGUCUGGUAGAAAUAGUUGCGUUUCGAAUCAGCCUAGAAGAAAUGCAGGACCUUCCUCAGUACAGAAUAUGGAGCAUUUAUUAAAAAGGAGAAAACGCCAUAUUUAUUCGUUUGCAGAAGAUUAUGACGCUUAUGAUAUAUUUUCUAAAUUUGGGACUAUAACAAUAACGAAUCUUCAACUGAUAACCAAGCCUUGCUAUAACGGACCACUAGUUGAAGACUUACCUCCAGGUAAGCUAAAACCAACUGUUAAUCUAUACAAAUAUCAUUAA